UCAAACCCUCAUUUCCAUAGCCCAGCCCACGUAACAACUACCGUUCCUUCGCGCGGCGUCCAACCCGGCAAGGCGAACCCGUCGUCUCCUUCCUCUCGUCGUCGACUCCCGAUUCCCAAACCACGCCCCACCUCCGCGGCAAACCCUAACCCCGACCGCGACCCCCCGAAACACCACCCUACCCGCCAGAUCCCCCAAAUCCAGUCGCGAAUUCGGCAUGCGCAUCGACGGGAACCCCCGCCGGUGACCGCGUCGGAGAUGAUCGCGCCGCAGCCGCGGCCUACGCGCCGGGUUCGGCCCCUCGCCGCCGCAUCCCUGGUACUGUUCCUACUCCUCCUGUACAGCCGCUCAGACGGGGACUCGGCGCGUGCUCCACGGCUUCUGGGCUCCAGUUCGCGCCCGGUGUACCGUAGAUUCCUCUCCGGUGCCGAUCCUGCGGGCCCCGCACCGGGAGGCUCGAACCUUUCGGAGGUCGUUAGUCAGAACGGCGAGCAACUGGAGGACCCUUCGGUCUCGUGCGCCGGCAUCGCAAGGCACGAGGGGUUCGGGACGGAGUGCGAGUUCCUCUGGGCCCACCUGCAGUGCAGCUCCGGCGGGUUCGUGAACUACCUAGGUUUCUUCUACUGUACAUGUGAGAGGUUCAGGGUGCUGGGCUAUGCUGUGCUCGGCGUGUGCCUGGCAGCGCUGUUCUAUGUGCUGGGCAACACGGCCGCCGACUACUUCUGCUGCAGCCUCGAGAAGAUGUCAGCCCUGCUGCGGCUCCCACCGACUGUGGCUGGUGUGACACUGCUCCCCUUUGGUAAUGGUGCUCCUGACGUGUUUGCGAGCAUUGCAUCAUUCAUGGGGAGUGGUGCUGGUGAUGUGGGGCUGAACAGCGUGUUGGGCGGAGCUGUAUUUGUGACCUGUGUCGUGGUAGGGGCAGUAUCGUUAUGUGUCGCGGAGAAGAAUGUGCAGAUUGAUAGGAGGUGCUUUGUGAGGGAUGUUGGGUUCUUUAUCUUGACUCUGGUUGCAUUGUCUAUUAUAUUGAUCAUUGGGAAGGUGACUAUUUGGGGAGCUAUGAUGUUUGUGUCCAUCUAUGCGGUCUACGCAUUUGUGGUGGCUGCAAAUGAGGUCCUGAGGAAGCAUGCGCGGAGGCUGAAGUUUGAUGUGGUCUCACCAUUGCUACCUGUGAGGGGAAGUAUCUUUGAACAAGGAACAGAGGAGGACGAGUCAGUGUAUAGUUCACUUCUUGAGGAGGAUGUAGAUGGUGAGGUGGCCCAAAUAAACACCUUUUUGCCUCAGUGGAUGUGGGCUUCUCAUGUGGCCAUCUACUCAAAUCAUGGGAGUAGAGUUGGUUCCCCUGACAACUCCAGGCCAUUGUGGGGUUGGAGUGAAGGAGAAGCGGAUACCUCCACACUCAAUAUCUCCAAGCUCUUUUUGUUUAUGGAGCUGCCCUUGACGAUACCAAGAAGGUUGACUAUUCCGAUAGUCGAGGAAGACCGCUGGUCGAAAGAAUACGCUGUUGCAAGUUCUUGCUUGGCUCCUGUUCUUUUGGCGUUUCUGUGGAGCAGUCAGGAUGGAGUAACCACCAAGGCUAGCAUAGCAGCAUUUGUGAUAGCUGGCAUUUUGGGGAUUGCCAUUGCUGCUGUAGCUUUCCUGUUCACCAGCAAUGAGCGCCCUCCACGGAGAUUUUUGUUCCCAUGGGUUUUCGGAGGGUUUGUGAUGAGCAUUGUUUGGUUCUACAUCAUUGCGAAUGAACUGGUUGCACUUUUAGUUGCUUUAGGUGUGAUAUUGGGAAUCAAUCCUUCAAUUCUUGGGUUAACGGUGUUAGCAUGGGGGAAUUCGAUGGGUGACUUAAUGUCAAAUGUUGCUUUGGCGAUGAAUGGUGGAGACAGCGUGCAGAUUGCUAUGUCAGGAUGUUAUGCCGGACCUAUGUUCAAUACACUUGCUGGUUUGGGAAUAUCAAUGCUGCUUGGAGCUUGGUCAACAGCACCCAAUUCGUAUGUUCUUCCGCUAGACCGCUCUCUUAUUUACACGAUGAGCUUUCUUGUUGCUGGAUUGAUCUGGGCUCUUGUUAUGCUGAUGCGAGGUGACAUGCGGCCUAACAAGAUACUUGGAGUUGGCCUCAUUGCUCUUUACUUGGUUUUUCUUUUUAUGAGAGUAAGCAAUGCUAUGGGGUUAUUGCCACUACCUGGCUUGACUUAGAUAAUUACUUGCACUGUAAAGAGAGAUGUAGAUGCACAUCAAACAACUCGCCCCUUGGCUGUCGUUUAUACAAUGAAAUGGAGCUAUACGGUGUUCUUCUGUUC